AUGCCUUCCGCCAUUGUAACUGGUGCCACCGGCAUGACCGGGAGUGCCAUUGUUCACCACCUCGUCAAGGACUCGUCCUAUGACAAGAUCUACGCAUUAUCGCGCCGCAACCCUGGCUACCAGCACCCCAAGAUCCAGCAUGUCACCCUGGACCUCCAGGGCUCUGCAGAAGACAUGGCCCACCACCUGCGCGGGGUCUCAGCCGAAUAUAUCUAUUUCUGUGCUUACCUCGCCCGAGACGAUGAGACAGAAUUGUUGCGAGUAAACGUGGCGCUCCUGCACAAUUUCCUCCAAGCCCUCGCUGUUGCUGGGGCUGACAGAAGGAUCAAGCGUUUCAUUCUCACUUGUGGCUUAAAGCAGUAUGGCGUCCAUCUGGGACAGGGCAAGCAGCCCUUCUUAGAAGACGACCCGUUAUUGCCGGAUGGCGAGGGGAGUGACUCCUGGCCUCCUAUAUUCUACUAUGAGCAACAGAGGGUCCUCGCCGAUGCCGCCGUCAAUAGCCAAUGGGAAUGGGUGGUUACCCUGCCCGAGGAUGUACUCGGAUACGCUAGAGGCAACUUCAUGAACGAGGCUACCUCAAUUGGGCUCUACUGUGCGGUUAGCAAGGCUCUUCCAGGCUCCGAGCUGCCAUUUCCCGGUAGCAAGGCCAAUUAUUUUACAUUCAACUGCUGGACAUCGGCGAACCUACACGCUAAAUUCUGCCUUUGGGCCGCGCAGGCCCCCGGAGCGGGCAAUCACAUCUUCAACGUGAUAAACGGCGACACGGAGUCCUUUCAGAACCUGUGGCCUCGUCUGGCUGCCCGGUUCGGGUGCACGAUUCCGAACCCGAUGUUCCCGAGUGGCGGGGUCCCAGACACCAAGGGGUUCAAAGAUUACGAGUCGUCGACGAUCCGGAUGCAGAACCGGCCACCAAUCAAGGCGAGAGCAUCAUCUCUAGGUCUCACUUCAGACCCCCUGGUGGAUAAUUCUCCCACCCUCUUUCUGCAGGUGGACCCAGAGAAGUGGGCGCGUCGAGCGGAUGUGAAAGCCGCCUGGGGUCGAUUACGGGAUAAGUACCAUCUGGACCAGGAGGCAUGGGACAAGGCGACGUGGGAUUUCCUCGUAUUGACCAUGGGCCGAGACUGGAGCUGUGUAGCAAGUAUGAGCAAGGCUCGCAAGCUAGGAUGGACCGGGUAUGCGGACACGUGGGAGGAACUGGAAGAUACUUUUCAAAAGCUGGAAAAAGAGGGGGGUUCUGCCGCCAGUGGAGCAGCUCCGACAGGACUUCUAGGAUAUUCUGCGGAUUGA